AUGACAUGGGGUUGGCGGAAGAUUCUUGCUCUUCGUGAUUUAGUCCGUCCUUUCUUGUGGAAGUCUAUUGGUAAUGGUGCUAAUACGAAUGUGUGGAGUGACACUUGGUGUAAUGUGUGUCCUCUCCGUUCCCAUAUUAGUCCGAGAGCAAUUGCAAAUGCAGGAUUCAAUCUGCAAUCGUCUGUGGCGGAGAUGAUUGACUCUAGUGGUAAUUGGAAGUGGCCAGUGGCGUGGUAUGAUCUUUUCCCAGUUCUAAUUAAUCUCCAAGUCCCGGUUCUUCAUGAUACACAGGACCGAUUGGUUUGGAUAAAUUCUGAAGGGAAUUCUUGUUAUUUCUCUUCGUGGGAGGUCUGGAACAAUAUUCGAUAUCGAGAGCAUGUCGUUUCGUGGUUACAUAUGGUUUGGUUUAAACAAUGCAUCCCAAGGCACUCGUUUCAUUUGUGGAUGGUCAUCAGGAAUAAGUUGAAAACUCAGGAUCGUAUGUCCGUUUGGGAGGCGGGUAGUGCUACAAACUUAAAUCUGAUGUGCUGCCCUUUAUGUUAUCAUGACCGAGACUCGAGGAACCAUUUGUUUUUUGAGUGUUCGUAUGCUAAGGAGAUUUGGCUUAGCAUUAGGGAUAUGGCGAAUAUGGGUAAUGUGAAUGGCCGGUGGGAAGACAUUAUGCUGUGGAUGGACCAACACUCCACUCGACAACCGGUCAAUGUUGUGAGCAGGUUGGUGGUGGCAGCAGCUUCCUAUUUCGUUUGGCAAGAAAGGAACUCGAGACUCUUCAAUCGGAACCAACGUUCAGCGACGGCUUUAUCUCAGGAAAUCGUUAAUACCGUUCGUUUACGGCUUUUGUCAUUCAAAUUCAAACAGGGAGCGGUAAACAGGAACUUUCUUCAGAAGUGGAACAUUCCAAGUAAUAACUUGGAUAUUGAUCCGGGCUAG